UUCCGUGCUGUUUUCAUAAUAAUAAAAUUCUCCGAUAAUGGCCUCCAAAACCCUCCGUGCUUUAUUAAGUGAAUUGCGUCAAGCAUCACCAAACGGCUGCAUCAAAGAUAACCUAGCAGCCCGCUACAUUUUAGCUCAAUACAAAAAAUACCAAACAACCGAUCAGGAACUAUGCAAGGCACGCGAAGAAGUUCAUUUCUUGGGCAAAACAUACCUCACUUACUUGUCAAGUUUGAGGAAAUACAAAGAACUCCAGAAAGAGUUUCAUGGGAGGGGUGAAAGAUCGGUAAGAGAAACUGCCGACAUGGUUGGUUUUAAAUUACCAACAGAUCCAAAGUAAACAAAAUUGUAAAAAAUAAAGAUUUAUCAAUUUAAAGCUAGAGCAUUAAC